AUGUCGUCAACCUCCGGAGAAACUACAAUUAGAUCCAACAUUUUCUCUGUGCCAACCCAUGUGACCGUCCAGCAAGAAUACACCAGAUGGAAUUAUCCAGUCGCCACUAUCUUCAUUGGUCCAACCAACCCCAAAGGCCAACACCCGGCAGUCUCCUCGGCAGCGAUGUGCCAGAUUUACGUUUUCAAGUGGACUUUCGCAGACCUCACCAAGACCGUCAGCCGCUUCAUGGGCAAAGACCUCCGUCUAAUCGUUGUGGGACGUACUACGGUCGUGGAUUCCAAUGAUGAAUACAUCCCAUUGUUCAACAAUUGCCGGUUUAUUCACAGAGAAGCGGGAGGAUAUCACAUUCUCUGUCGUAUCUACCCGACCGAUAUCUCCGGAAAACAGGCCCGAAUUCGACUCGACAAGUUUGCCGAUGGUCUUGAAAUGCCACGUGUAUUUGAGCCAGUCACCCCAUUAUCUGGACGUUCAGACUCCUGCAGCCUCUCCAACAAUCUGAAUAACGGAAAACGGCGGCUCCCUUUGGAUUCGGACGACGAGAACGCUGGCCCCUCCACGAAAGUUCUCCGUUUUGACUGA